CCAGUUCCUAAAAUCAUCUCAAACAAAAGAGAAGAAAAAGUAAAACAUUUUAUGUUCAUUGUUCCUGUUCUUACUGUCCUUGUUUAAUGAAAGUGAAACGAGAUCAAUACAUUUAUUUAAACAUAAAAGGGACACAGAUUUAUAUAUGAUAUGCUCUGGUCAAACAAGGGUUAAGUUUUCUCAGAGGGUUGAUGAGCUCUGAUGAGAGCCUAUUGUUUUACUCCACUCCUCACAUGUCAGCCAAUCGGUGAAGCUCUAGGCAGCUCUUGUCCCUCCUUAGUGCCAGCUCCCAAGUUUGCAGUCUCUUGCUUCUACAGCCGAACAGAGCAGGCGGACUAAAACUUUGUUAUCGAGGGCAGAGCGAAACCGGAAGGUUUACUGAGCUGUGGCUUCACGUAAACGCUGAGCAUACACUCGACGGCGGUCAGGUUUUUUAUAUGGGACGAAUCCAAGGCCAGGUCAGCGAUUCCAGAACCGAGAGCGUUCCAGUGUUCACUGGAUGGCGAGCCGACCCAAGAUCCUAGGAGACGAUAUACAUACACACGCACACUCAUUUGCACAUUGAUGGACUACAAUCUUCUACUGUACAAGUAGUACGGUAGGAUAGACAAUCACACACACUCUUACCAUUGGACGGACUCUAUUGCAAUACACCCGUUUGUCAUGGGCCCCACCGGUACCAUUUGGACUUAAAAAAGACUAAUACUUUUACUUGUGCACAAUUUUAUUUUAUUCUAUUGUUUUGCUACUUUGGGGGAAAUUUUUAUACUGGAAGUUCUGUUAAAACCUGUUGUAACACUGUGUUGUUCACAAAUUCCUUUUAAAGGGCUUAAAAUCACUAAAGCACUUUUAAGCCACACAACUGUGUUUGUCUGGUUUCUCUGCCAUUCAUAUACCAGAGCUCUAAGAGUCGUUCUUUAUCUUCUGAUACUAGCCCAAAUUACUCAUUACCUUGGUAGUUAUCCAUUGGUUCUGUAUACAACUCCAGGUGAGUGCUACAAAAGUGGCGAGCCAGCCAGGAGCUCUUUGGUGCAUGAAUAUCAGCAGUGAAACCUCUUUAAAGUGUGUAUAUUGUCAUAGAAACAUCUUUUGCUAUUGCCACAAGAUGGAUUUUGUAUUGAGCUCAGGUAUCAAAGUCCCCAAUGCCGUAAUUGUUAGUGGUAUACUCAAUUCAUCAGAUGAUGAAGAGAUUCUAGACUUUUUAAAGCAGUAUGGUACCUUUAGAGCCGUCCCAGUUGUAGAUUCCAACUCUGAGUUUUUCAAAAACGUGAUCGUUGAGUACCGAAGUGGUAACUCCAUUGAUGCCUUAACUGAUCUUUUGCCAUACACAUAUGAAGUUGAAGGGAAGCCCGGUGUAAAAUACCAUGUAAGAGCUCUCUCUAGCGUUUACACUGCCAAGGUGGGUGGCAGUGCUACCAAAUCCUACUUAGAUGAAAUAAAGCAGGUGGCAAAACUGAGUGGCAAAAGUUUUGAAGAGGUACUGAAGUCGAUGAUGACAGAGAUCAGUGAAAUCAUUGGGAGUUCAGAGACCGAUGAUGAAUGUAUGCUCUCCUCCAUGCAAGUUGGUGAUCCAAACAGGGAGAACCAGCUUCACCCCUCUCUUGAAACUUCUGAGAUUGCACGCCAGCAGUUGUCUGAAGAUCCACCACAGGUAGGAUUGAUUCAAGGUGGUGCGGAGCCACACCUACCUGUUGAUUUCAAAAAGAGCCCACUUAGUGCGGCAAACAGUUUCAACCCACCUGAAAUUCAGAAAGUCAUUAUGGAACACAUCGUGAAGAAAGAUGACUUGAUUGCACAUUCAUAUUCUCCAAUGAGACUCCGCUCAUUCUCUGGUAGGAUUCCCAGACCCAACGGUGAGACAGAUUAUGACACAUGGCGUUCACAUGUCGAACUUCUCAGGAAAGACCCCGCCAUGUCUGAACUUCAAAAAUCUAGAAAGAUCUUUGAGAGCUUGUUGUCCCCUGCAGCUGACAUUGUCAACAGACUGAGCCCAGAAGCUUCACCUGAAACUUACCUUCAGUUGUUAGAUGCAGCUUUUGGAACAGUGGAGGACGGAGAGGAGCUUUUGGCCCAAUUCAUGAACACUCUUCAGGAUCCUGGUGAAAAGGCCUCUGCGUACCUCUGCCGUCUUCAGGGCGCAUUGAACCUCACUCUGAAGAGGGGAGGAGUCUCUGCUGAGGAUGCCGAUAAACACAUUCUCAAGCAGUUUUGUCGUGGAUGUUGGGACCACACCUUGCUCUCAGAUCUUAAUCUUGAAAAUAAGAAAAGCCAACCUCCAACAUUCUCAGAACUUCUAUUAAUGCUCCGAACAGAAGAAGAUAGACUGGCAGCUAAAGCCACACGGAUGAAGAAACACCUUGGCUCAACCCGGCAGCGGGUUGUGGCACACUGUCAAAAGACUUGCACCUGUAGUGAGCUACAGACAGUGACUCACUCUGAUUCUGACCCAUUGACAGAUCUGAGGAAGCAAGUUGCAUCUCUACAGAGUCAGCUUACUAAUUUGAUGGCAAAGAAACAGAAGAAAAGCUCGCAGCCCAAGGGCAAAGCUGAGUGUGAUUUACGUGAGAUGGCUAUGGCAACACCUAACAUCAAGGUCACAAGUGCGAAGCCUGCCAACUUGCGGCAGGGCACCCAGCCAAAACCUUGGUACUGCUUCAAGUGUGGUCAGGAUGGCCACAUCUCAGCAAGUUGCAGUAAUGACCCAGACCCCACUCUUGUCGCUGAUAAGACGAAGCAAUUGAGAGAGAAGCGUCGCAUUUGGGACAUGCAAAACACUCCAUCUGCUCACCAGGAUUUUUAGACGCAGUCUCAGUUGUGGGGCAAACUGGGACUGAAGCAGGUCAACGUCGUCCCGCUAAACCUGGAAGUCAAGCUAAACCAAGAGCACAGGCCACUUUGAGGCAGUCCCAUGUUGGAGAACAGCCUUUCAGACUACCUAAGAGGCUCAUAGGCACGAAGAGUACAGGUCAAGUCACGAUCAAAGGUAAGGUGUGCAGAUGUCUCCUUGAUACGGGUUCUCAAGUGACCACUGUCACCAAGUCCUACUAUGACCAGUAUUUGUCUGAGCAACCGAUAGAGCCACUCCAUGACCUUCUGGAAGUUGAAGGAGCCAAUGGGCAGCUUGUACCUUACCUGGGUUAUGUUGAGAUUGGAAUCACCUUUCCUAAAGACUUUCUUGGUGCUGAACUAGAAGUCAAAACGCUAGCUCUAGUAGUCCCAGACACCGAGACAUUAACGAAGACUUGUGUAUUGAUUGGAACAAACACUCUU